UUUCUCUCUUAAUUCCCUCUGAAAUGUCUCCGCCGCUGCCGUUAACACCUACAAUGGCGCUGACAUGUUGUAAAAUGUGUUUAAACGCGGCUCAUUGAGCGCGACAUUAAGCUAGCUGAGUUAGCUGAGGUCCUCUGUCCAGUUUCAGUCGUCUCCCUGCUCUGACCCAUGGACGUGUGCAGUAUCACUUCACUGACAGAACCACCCUUGAACACAGAUCAUGAAUGACAAACUCGUCUUUUUGGGCCUCCUGUACUUUGUCCAGGGGAUUCCCUAUGGCCUCCAGUCCUCGCUGCUGCCCGUCUACCUGCGCGGCGCCGGCCACUCCUUCACCCGCAUCGCCUUCACCAAGGUCCUCUACUUCCCCUGGGUCCUCAAGGUGCUCUGGGCCCCUCUGGUGGACCGGCUCAGCACCAAGCGUCGCUGGCUGGUGGCGACGGUGACCGGUCUGGCCCUGACAUGCCUCUCCAGCGCCGCCUUGGCCCCAGAGGCACAUAUGUGGGGAGUGGCGGGGACCCUGCUGGCCAUGAACAGCCUGGCCUCUGUGCAGGACAUCGCCGUAGACGGCGCGGCAGUGCGUCUGCUGAAGGGUCGAGGAGAGCUGGGCCUGGGAAACAUGGCGCAGGUGGUGGGCUAUAAAGCCGGCUCGGUGUUUGCCGGAGGCGGCCUGCUGGCCGUCAUCGACGUGGCCGGGUGGAGCUGGAUGUUCAUGCUGCUGACGUUCGUGUACGCCGGCGUGGCUCUGUUUGUGUGGGGGGCGCCAGUGCUGGACGAAGAGACUGUGAAGGGCCAGCAGGCGGACGGUGGCAGGAAGGGAGGACAGGGAGCGGACGCUGUGCAGCCGUGGAGGGUGUGGAGGAAGCUCCUGGCAGUGCCCGGGACGCCGUGGACUGUCCUGUAUGUCCUCACAUAUAAACUGGGUGAGCAGGGAGCCGUGACCAUGUUUCCUCUCUUCCUGUUGGAUCAUCACAUGACGGCGAGGGAGCUCGGCUUCUGGAACGGCGUCAUCGCCAUGGGCUUCUCCAUCUGCGGCUCGUCACUGGGAGGUCUGCUGCUCGCUCAGUUCAGCAUCGGGAGUAUGAUGCGACGUGUGUUUGUGUUGAGAACCGUCAGCAUGGUCUUCCAGAGUUCUCUGCUCACCGUGCUGGAGCCGUCGCCGCUCAUGAAAGGAAUGGCCAUCCUCAGCAUGAGUGUUCAACACUUCCUGGGCGGUCUCAUCACCACACUCACCUUCACUACCAUGAUGCAUUGCACUCAGAGGGCCGAGGACAGCAUUCAGGCGACUCACUACAGUUUCCUGGCGACUCUGGAGGUUCUGGGGAAGCUGACGUUCAGCGCUCUGGCGGGCGGCGUGGUGGACAUGUUCGGGUUCCAGGUUGCCUUCCUCUUCUUCCUCACGCUGUCGGCCGGGACAGCGCUGCACGUGUGGACGGCGACGUUCACUGGCGCCCUCAGAGAACACCAGCUCAAAGAACAGCCCAAGUGAGGUCGGGGGUGAAAGGUCGCAGGAAUCUGCAGGUGCUGGGGAACGUGUUGGAAGUAGCUUCCGCUUGACUCCUCGAUCCCACCCAUGAAAUUCAGCCUUUCACCACUUUAGCCAAUCAUUUCGCUACAGAGGAACUUUUAAACAGGAGAAAUCAGCCAUUUUGUUUUUCUUUGAAAUUCACAGUCAAAACGGACCUUACAUUUUGUCUUGCACUUAAAAAUGAUCUCUAAGGUCUUAAUAUUUAGAGUAGCAUGAUGACAUUUUACAGAUAUGGAAGACUUGUCUGGACACAAUGAGACCAGUUCAUCCAGUCAACAGUGUUUCCCAUCAUUAUUAUUAUAAUUAUUAUUAUUAUUAUUAUUGUCGUCCAUAAUUAUUUAUUAAAAUAAUAAUAAUAACAAUGAUUGCGAUUCUUAAACGAUUCUAAGGGGAUUGAAGUUAUAAUUAACGCGUUAAUGUUUUUAAAAACAUGAAUUUAAAAGAUCCAUCAUUAAUUAAUAAAUACUUGUUGCAUUUACUUCCAUUGGCAUAUAUUAAUAACUAAGUAGUACAACAUAGUUGUCUGGAGCUGUGUUUAUCCUCCACCUUCAGGGGGUGCUAACGUGACAGAUUGUUGCUCAUGUUACGUACACAGUGUUACAUGUUGUGUGACUUUUAAUCCAGAUUAGGCUGGUGGGAUUUUACACUUUAGUGAAAGCUUUUAUCAUAAAAAAAUAAAUACAGUUUUGUUUACCAGUAUGGACCGUUGUACGGCCUUGAACUAAUCAGAAUACUUGACAAUUAAUUUAGUAAUUGAUCAGUCAGUCAGUAGUCGCAUGAAGUAACCUCACAUGAGUUACUUCAGACGGUUCUGAUGAGCUUCUAGGCUGUGUAUUAUGAAAUGACAUGGGACUUUUAAGUUCAGGUUUUAAAAAUGUAUCAGAAUUUUAGAUACAAAGUUGUGAGAGUGAGUCCUACGCACAAACACUGUGGAAUGUGGAAUGUAAAUAAGAUUAGAGGAGAUUAUAUACUCAUGGAUUUCACUUUUGAAAUUGUGAAAUUAGCAGCUGUGUCACUGGAAGAGUGAAGUCACAUCAAAGACACACAAACACUUUUUGUGUGUUUUUAUUAAAAGUAAUUCAUUCGCACAUAAUUGGAAUUAAUUGAAUUAAAAUGAACCAGAAGUCAGAAAGGGCCACACGGUGGUGUAGUGGUUAGCACUCUCGCCUUGAACAAGGGCCUUUCUGCAUGGAGUUUGCAUGUUCUCCCCGUGUGUGCGUGGGUUCUCUCCGGGUUCUCCGGCUUCCUCCCACAGUCCAAAAACAUGCAAUGUGGGGAUUAGGUAAAUUGGACACUCUAAAUUGACCAUAGGAGUGAGUGUGAGAGUGAAUGGUUGUUUGUCUCUAUGUGUGUGUGUGGCCCUGCGAUGGACUGGCAAACUGUCCAGGGUGUACCCCGCCUAUCGCCUGAUGUAGCUGAGAUUGGCACAGCACCCCCCGCGACCCUCUGGUGGAGGAUAAAGCGGUUAGAUGAUGACUGACUGACUGACAGAAGUCAGAAAAUUUGGGUCGACCACUGUAGUCUUAAGAAAUCCUGUGGGAAACACUGAGUCAGUGCGAUGAACUGAUGUUUUUAUGGUCGAGAUAAAGCUGUUAACAAACACUUCUUUCUAUCAUCUGAGCCAUUUUUCUUAUAUUUAAAACAACAGCAAUAAGAGCUGUAACCAAUAGUAACGUAUCACUAUGUCGUCUUCUCUGUUGUCGUACUGUACGUGAACAUGUCGCGCGUUCUCCUGAGUUUACAGUUAUUCACGAAAAGCAUCUCGACUACCUCGUAUACAGCGUAUGGUACGAUGCACAGACUGUACCUUUUAAUUUCAUUUUUUAUUUUAGGAAGUCACACUGAGACUAAACCUCUCUCGUGGUUUGAACGCACACACUGUUGUCUUCGCUGGAACGACUCGUUAACGUCAGCUUUCUGUUUCUGGGACUGGAUUUGUAAGAGAUUAUAUUUCAAUUCUUUUAAAUCAUCCAACAUGAAGAAUCCACUUCAUUUCAUGUUCAUUUCAUUAUAGUAAGUUAAAACAUGUGGUUUUACUGGGAAUUGUUAGACUAUUUCCAUUAAAGGCAAGAAUAAUAAUGUUUAGAGCUCUGUUAGCUGACGUCACACCACCGAGGAAACACCGCUGUUAACCUCUGUAGACGUAGAGUAGAUCCUAGACAACCCCGUCUUUGCCUGCCAACAUGGCGGAGUCACAUGACGUCUGGAGCUGUGUAUAUAAAACAAAUAACAGGGAUUUGGAGAAGGUUUUAUUAUAAGUGUAGUAUUAACUCCAGGGGAAAUAGUGGCACUGUAACAUAAACCUGAUAAGCUGCUUAAUUCCUUGAGUAAACAGUCAGCCUUAAACGCUGCACGGUGCCAUCCUUGUCCCAUUUUACAAUGAAGUUAAUUAAAAACAUUUAAUCUGCUCUAAGUAAAAGUUGAAAGACCAGAGUUACUGGUAAAAAACAAACAAACCAUAGUUUGACAUUAAGUGUGGUUUAUGUCGAGGGAAAAGUCUUAAAAAAUAUGUCAAAUAAGACACAAAGUUACCGUCAUAGUACUGUAUACAACAGAGGAUUAUUUAAAUGAUUAAAUUAUGAAUGAAGCAGCUAUAGAAUGUUUUUUUUGGUCUUCACCAGACUUCAGGAGAAUAAAGGAAAAUCCUUUGACGCUGAUGAAGGUGUGAGUUGAAGUUAAAGGUCCAGUGUGUAAGAUUUAGUGACAUCUAGUGGAGAGACUGCACUGUAUAAAUCAGUGGUGCAAUUAAGAUUCAAAGGCAUGAAAGUGAUGAGUGUUAAUUUAAUCACCUUCACAAGACAAAACAAGUUAAUGUUGCAGAAAAUAUAAGUAGUUUCUUUUUCCACUAGAUGGCAGUCUCUCUUGAGAAAAACUGCACAAUUUGAUGUUUUUCAUGGCAAUUUGAUUCAUUUUUCCUGAAUUCAGAAAACUAUCUUGCACAUUUUGUGUCACCACUAGGUGGCGCUUUUGUCGAAACACCUAGAACAGUCGUUCUUGAAUGAUCCCGGUUAAACUGCACAAUUUGACGUGUUGUUUAUGGGCAACAUUUUUGUAGAACAAGUAAGAUUUUUGAAUUAUGGUGGGAGAGGGGUGGAAGAAAAAAAUACAAAAAUGCCCCCUGCUGGCAAAAUGUUAGACCGCAUCAUACGAGCUUCUCAGCUUAUCAUUCACACUCGCUGUCGACAAUACUUAUUGAGUUUAAUAAUAAACUUAAUUUCACUUUUUGUGUCUUUGCUUAAAAAAAAUACAAACUUAAAACACCUGCCAAGAUUGAGGCCAAAGUCAAAAUGGCCGACUUCCUGUUGAGUUGAGGCCACGGUCCCCAUGUACGUUUUUGUUCGUCUUGGGCUUUAACAAGUUCCCACCAAGUUUCGUGAUAUUCGUUGCUACUGAAUUUUGGCUUGCUCCGUCCACGUUUCACCUGCAGGGGUGCUACAGAGCCCUGGUGCAAGGCACGGGUCUAAGCACUAUGACAGUAGUGCAUUUAAGGCCACACCUGACCUCCAUGCCAAGUUUGUUUAUUACCUUUGUGCUAAUACAUUCAAUUUCUGCCAAUAUAAAUGUUACACACUGGACCUUUAAGUGGUCUAGUUUUGAUAGAUUAGCUUGACGAGAGGAAAAGUUGUGUUUUUGUUUGAAAUAACAGCAGUGACUGGUAAAAUAACCGAUGGUUGGUGGUUUUAUUCACUUCUCUCGUCUCUCAGCUGCUGCGUCGCCUGAGGUUUGCACAAAAAUAAAACUGCUGAGUGAAAACAA